GGCCCGAGUUCGCCCGUCUUCUGCGGGAAGCGCGGAGAGCGGCCGGCUGCCGGCGGGGCGUGCUGCUCGCGGCCCUGGGACCCCCGCCGCGCCGCCCGCCGGGGAAGGAGCCGGCGCCGGGGUGCGCCCUCGAGGGCAGGGUGCAGGAUCCGAGCCCCCGCGAGGUAGGAGUCCAUUGUGCAAAUCCGUUGCGUGGUUUCGGCUUGCCUCUUCACCUGGCUUGAGAUCGAAGCACGAUGCUGAAAAGGAUGACAAGGCUUGUCUCCAGGGCCCGGCAGUUGGACCCUGGACGUUUUUUGCACGGGGAGCCCCAGGCCCCCCAAAGCCUUGCUGCUCACCUGGAUAACCAGGUUCCAGAUGAGAGGCCCAGAGCCACUUCCUGCACCAGUGAGGAUGACCCGGCCGGGCCCGGGGAGCAGCAUGAGGGCCGACACUACCGCAUUCCCCUCCAGGACCUCAGGACGGUCUUCCCCCACGGCCUGCCUCCUCGCUUCGGCAUGCAGGUGAGGACAUUCAACGAAGCUUGCCUGAUGGUGAGGAAGCCAGCCCUAGAGCUUCUGCGUUACCUGAAAAACACCAAUUUUGCUCACCCAGCUGUGCGGUAUGUUCUCUAUGGGGAGACAGGGACAGGAAAAACCCUCAGUCUUUGCCAUGUUAUUCAUUUCUGUGCAAAACAGGACUGGCUGAUUCUGCACAUUCCAGAUGCUCAUCUUUGGGUGAAGAACUGCCGGGGUCUCCUGCCGUCGGCCCACAACAAGCUGCGCUUCGACCAACCUGUAGAGGCUUCGAGCUGGCUGAAGGACUUCCAAACGGCGAAUGAGCGUUUCUUGAGUCAGAUAAAAGUUCAGGAGAAGUACGUCUGGAAUAAGCGAGAAAGCACUGAGAAAGGCCGUCCUCUGGGAGAAGUGGUUGAACAGGGCCUGACGCGGGUGAAGAAUGCCACGGACGCCGUUGGGAUCGUCCUCAAAGAGCUCAAGCGUCAGAGCGGUUCGGGGGCAUUCCGCCUCCUGGUGGCGGUGGAUGGCGUCAAUGCUCUCUGGGGAAGGACCACGCUGAGGAGAGAAGAUAAGAGCCUGGUGGCCCCCGAGGAGCUGGCACUCGUGCACGGCUUGAGGAAGAUGGUGAGAAACGACUGGCACGGAGGCGCCAUUGUGUUGACACUGAGCCAGACUGGGUCCCUCUUUAAACCGCGGAAGGCCUAUCUGCCCCAGGAGCUGCUGGGAAAGGAAGGAUUCGAUGCCUUGGAUCCCUUUAUCCCCAUCCUGGUCUCCAACUACAGCCCAGAGGAGUUUGAAAGCUGUGUUCAGUAUUACCUGGAGAACAGCUGGCUUCAGCAUGAGAAAGCUCAGACAGAAGAAGGGAAGAAGGAGCUGCUGUUCCUGAGUAACGCAAACCCCGGGCAGCUGGAGCGGCUCUGCGCCUACCUUUAAGCCGCGGUCACGGCCCGCCUGGAAGACUGGGGACAUUUCCUGUCCUGGACCCAGUCAGACGGGAUGUGGCCAGGACGAGUCAGCUCCCAGCCUUCGGUCAAGACUGACGGUAGUGGCCUGAGAUGUCCUCUUGUUCCUGAAACUAGCUUAUUAGGUGGGGUUUUCAUGUUUUAAGUAAUUAUGGAUCUUUCCCUUAAAUAAAUUAUCUUUCUUAAA